CGGACACCGUAUGAAAGCGGAGGCUAGUUUACUACGCACUGUGGCCAAAGUCGAACGUUUGUCUUUAUUAACACUUUUUAAAGGACCACACACACGAGUCUAUGAAAGCCUACAAAACCCUUGAAUCAUACCAGGUAGUCAAAGCAGGAGUCAAUGACCAGCCACAUCACCCUUGGGUUGCUGUGGCUCAAGAUGGAACAAUCCUAACUGCACAUUGUGACUGCAAAGCAGGAUCCUCACUAUGCUGUCUGGAAAGCGUCUGGCUGACAUCGGCUACCGAACCUUCUCCGCCUCAAUGAUGCUGCUGACGGUUUACGGAGGCUACGUGUGUGCGGUGCGAGCAUACCACUUAUUGCAAAGGCGAAGGCAGCUGAAACUAGCAGCAGAAAACCAGGAUCCCAUUGUCAUGAAAGACUAGCAUCAGUUGGACUGACCUUUUUUUUUGUCAUCAUUGUCCAAAUCACUGAAAUGGAUUGUAUUCUAUUAAAUUUGUAAAAUGACAUAUCAUGCAAAGUUGUGGUUGGACAGGACUGAUGAAAAAAAUAAAACCUCUUUCCAUGACAAUAUAUUUGAAAAUGCUUUUCUUUUUCCUUUACAAGGAACUCAAGUGAGAACGUGAUACCAGACAGCAUAGUCCUCAUUCCUGGACCCCAAUACAAAGGCAGUGACAAUUUCAAACAUUUGGUCGAAGAAAUAGAAAAACAAAACUAAAAGUGGACUCGACAACAGCCAAAACACAAAGGUCAAAGGGCAUACAUCCACAACAAAUUGUAAAAAGGUGGAGCAGCUGCUGCUGCACUUAAACUUUGUAGCCACACUUUAACAUCACAACACAUUUUGGUUUCAAACAAGUAAUCAACGCAGUACAGUGAACUGUGUAUAACGUGAGGGAUAUUCCAGACAGGAGUGAGGCAGCAGUUUUCUUCUCCGUGUGCCAAAGUGAA